GGACAGGUACCAUACUCAAUGUUAGUUCAUACUGUAGUUCUGUUAUACUCUGCGGUGCAUAUUCUGGCUGCAGCUCUAGGCUAGGCUGUAAAAUGAAAACGACUCCUUAUAGUGCUUUUGCUGAGCAUAACUGACAUACCUGCGCAUAACAUUCGCGUGUGCAACGCCUUGCAUACCAAAAAGCCCAGACAACGCCUAAUCUACCUCCUAGGCGGACUCUUUCUGUAUACCGCAUAGCCGCAAGCAUGGAUGUAGACAUGAUAUUUGCAAGUAAUGCAAAAGACAUUGGUGAUAGGGAAGGCAUAGCGGGCUCUAACGUCACAGCGAGUGUGGGGAUGCCGAAAAACGGAGCUCCAGCCGCAAAGCAGGAAGGUGUACUCACUGGGCACGACGCGGCACUCGCGAAUGGCCAGUCCGUCGGGAUUGACCUGUUGGACGACUUCACCGGUCCUGCCGCGACGUCCUCCAUCAACCACGCACCUGCUGACACGUCGGGAGACCUCCUCGGCGAUGAGAUUCUGCAGCCGGCCCUUACAUCACGACCAUCAGCAACGCCAGGGGGCCCAGAAAAGCAGCCACUCCACGAGCAAGGGGAACAUUCCCCUGCCAAUGACUGCACGGGGCCCACGCCUGCCGCUGCCCCUUGCAACCCGACACCUGACCAGCCUGCCGAACUAGGGCAGCAACCCACCACCCAGGAAGACUGCAUGGAAGCUCCGCUCCCCACUUCAGUGACAGACCCGCAGCACCCCUCUGUGACAGCAGUUGAAACCCUGGAGGGCAGCGUGGGAGCCACCGUGGACCCAGACAGCAGCCCAGGCAGCCCAGGACAGGCUUCCAAGGAUACCAGCGGCUCACAGUCGCUGCCCAGCGACCAGGACCAGACCGACGCCGAAUCAGCAGCGGCCAACGGCACCGACGCCGUCACCUGCGACUCGGGCGACGGCGACUCGGACCGGGAGGUGGUUGAGGAGGAGGACGCGUUCGGCGACUUCAAAGACUUUACCUCGGCUUCUCGCUUCCUGCCCGGUGGCGCGGCGGGCCUGGGGAUGGCAACCGCAGCGCACGCCCAUCUGCACCCGUCCGGAGCUGCAGCAGCAGCAGCGGGGGGAGCAGCCGGCGCUGCUGGUGCCCGCGGCGGCGGUGCGAGCACUUCCUCGCCCUCCUCCCACCGGCACAUGUACCUGGGCACCGCCUUCCCCGCGCGCCCCUCGUACGGGGUGAUGCCCGGCGGGUCGCAGCAGCUGCUGCAUGGGCCGCCUACCAGCGGCGCCGUGUCGGAGCACGGCAGCGUCGCGGGCGACUUUAGCGACUUUAGCCACCCCUCGCCGCCGCCCAGUGUUGCGCCCUCGCGAGCAGGCGGCGGCCGGAAGUCAGUAGCCUCCAUUGCCUCCGUCGGCAGCCGAGCCGGUGGCGACGACGACCUGGGGGACUACGGCUCCGUCGUCGGCAGCAGCAUCUGGCGUGCGCCCUCCCAGAUGGCUACCUCCUCCUACGCUGCAGCCGCCGGCGCGGACGAUGACUUUGGCGACUUUACCUCCGACAUCACCUCCACCUCCGACUUUGCACCCUCCACGCAGCCGCCCUCGGCAGUGGCUGUGAGCGGUCCGGGCUCGGUGCACCCAGACGACGACUUUGGCAGCUUUGCCAGCAACCGCAGCACCGCUGACAACGACGAUGAUGACUUCGGCAACUUCAACGCGGCACCAGCGGCAGGGGCAGCAGCAGCGGCGGGCGCUGCGGCUGGAUCCGGGCAAGGAGCGGGCCCAUCCGGAAGCGGUGGGGCCGGUGCUGGAGCCGCGGCGGGUGCUGGGGCCGGGGCUGCUGCUGCAGCGGGGGCUGGGCUGGCGAGCAGCGGGGGCGGCAGCGCAUCGCUAAGCCCGCGCGAUACCUCUCCUGGGUCCACCGGCGUGCACUCGUUCCACUCCACACAGACCAUCGCGCCGGUGGUGGCAGCGGCUGCCACUGGCCCUGCUGCUGCUGCUGCUGCUGGCGGCAGCGCGGGCGCUGGGGGCGCAGCAGGGGACUCCGCGGCUUCAACAGCGGACACCCCGCUGCUGCACUUGCCUGCGGCGGACCUGCGGCAGGCUGUAGCACGCGCGCUCCAGCCCCUGGUGCCAGCGGGCACGCCGCUAUCGGCACCACCCUCGCAGCUGCCAUCGGAGCAGGUGGCUGCGGCAUGGGCUCAGCUGCGGCGGCAUGUGCAGGGGGCACUGGGGGAGGGCGGGAUUGCGGCUCACACCGGUGUUCCGAUGCCGCCGUUCCCCGGGUCUGCGGCAGCGGGGGGCCCAGCGGUGUCGGGUGGGCAGCUGGAAGGCACGGCGGGUCGUGGUGCAGGCUAUGCACCCGCUGUGAAGUAUACCCGGCCGUUGCGGUGGAAGGGCUCUGACUCUGAGCGGCGGCUGCUGGCGAGUCUGGGGCUGAGUGAGGUGGCGGCGCAGGCUUGUGCCCUGGAGGCAGCGGACGGGCCGAGGGCGGGCGGCCGGGGGCGUAGUGAUGGCGGCUCGUGGGGUCGUGCGGGGCGCUCGAUGGGGCGGCUGGCGAGCUUCGGGGAGGCACCGCGCCGGGUGCAGGGCGACGUGGGCUGCCCUCCUGGCGAGCAGCAUAAACAUGUCAUGCGCCACGACGGGGACCAAGGGGCAGCGGCACCGCCCGCGUCGGCCAGCAGCACCGCGGCGGAGGGCGCCGACGGUGUCAACGGCAGUGGCGAUUGCAGCCAUGCACGCAGUCGAGGCCCCGGGAGUGAGGGCGAGGCUGCUGCGGGGGCAGCACCGCCGGACUCGGGAGCGGGGGCCGGAUGCACACCGCGCGCGGCUGGGGGCGGCCUCAGCGGAUGUGCAGGACAACAGCAAGCUCAGCAAGACGGUAGCGGCGCAGAGGGGGGUGAUGACGGGAAGCAGGCUGGGAAGGCGUGAGAGACGCAGGAUGGGAGAUAGAGAGGAGCAGGGUCUAGCUAGGGCGAUGGGAAGGGGUUGGCGCACGGUGCAGUAUGGUACUCCACAAUUCAGGGAGCUGGGUUUGCGGCAACAGACGUGAAAGAUGAGACAGCAACUGAGGGUGCUGAUGGUAUUGGUAGCUGCAUGCCUGGAGGGCGGUUCUGCUUGCAUUCCCGACUACUCCGGGACCCCUUGCACGACAUGAGACACAUAUAGCUCCUUACCAAUGGACCAGCCCUUGCGAUUUAGACAAGCAAACCCGCGACGCCUGUCUAUAUUACUGGAUAAAUAGUAAACCGCCCUGUCCGUCAUGUCUGCUUUACAGCGGAAGGGCCGUGGCCAUGUGAUUGUUGUCGAGAACUGCAUUUGCCCUGCUAUGGCGCAUUAAGAACGUGUCGCACGUGUCACGUGUCACUCACGCCAAUGAUAAUGAAAUACUGCUUCUGACUCCUUGCUCCGGUAGCGAACUACAGAGCACUACACUGCGACUGCACCUAACGGGUCCUGUAACGACUGUAAUGCAAA